AUGUCAAAAAGAAAACUGAAAUCUUCUGAGACAGAGUCAAUACCGUCCGAAAAGAUUUCCAAAACAAUUGAUCAUUUCUGUGAGUUUUGGAAUCAGAAUGUGGACGAUAUUGGAAGUGCUCAGCUAGCUGAUAUGAAAGCCCGUACGAAAAAUGCUCAAAAAUUGGAACUUCCUGGAAUCGGAACAAGUGCUAUCUACAAAGGCAUUCAGGAUUUUGAUGUUCCAACUGAUUCGUCAGAGUUUUCAAAUCUUGGAUGGAAUGAAGGAAUACUAGAAAACAUGACCUCUGCACUAGAAGAAACCGAGGUUGAUGAGAAAAACGAGAAGCAAAUCGAGUCAGAACGACAAACAAUUCUUAAAUUAACAGCAGAAUACAGAGAUUUGUUAGCAAUUUCUAACGAUCAAGAUGGAUAUCGAUCAAUUUACUGCGCUCACAUCAUUCAACAUUUGAUUCGAAACAAAAAUCUAAUUAUUGGAAACAAACGAAAGUUAGAACUCGCAUCAGUUCAGGAAGGUGGCGCAGACGAAGCGACGAUUGAAUCUUGCCGAGAUUCUGGAUUUGUUCGUCCUGUUGUACUCAUUUUAUGUCCAUUCAAGAAAGACGCGUAUGAUAUUAUCAAUCGAUUGAGACGAAUUGUUCAUGGAGAUAGCGGAAAAGGUGAAGUAUGGAAUAAGAAUAGAUUUGAAGAAGAAUACAGCGGACCAACAGAAUUGCCAACAACGCGAGCGGACUUCCCCGAAGAUCACAAAGAACUUCUACUCGGAAAUAAUGAUGACGCAUUCCGUAUUGGAAUCGCUCUAUCGAAAAAAGUGUUGAAAUUGUACGAAAAAUUCGAAAAAGCUGAUAUUUUAGUUUGCUCUCCUCUUGGGCUCAGAAUGAUUUUGAAUGGAGACGAUGGAAAUGAAUCACAUCUCAUUAGUAGUAUUAAUCUGACAGUGAUUGAUAGGACGGAUAUCAUGAUUCAACAAAACUGGGAAAAUUUGCAACUAAUUUUCACACAUCUUCAUUCUCAACCCUCUAAAAUUGAUGUCGACAUUUCUAGAGUACGGAAAUUGUAUUUGGAUGGUCACUCGAAGCAUUUCUCUCAAACGCUGAUGUUCUCUCGAUUCUCCCAUGAACUAUUCACAUCGCUCAUGCUUCAAAACUCCCAAAAUCAUCGUGGUCUUAUUGUAUCCAAACCAAAGAGAACCGGAACUUUGAGUGAUAUUGAUAUUCCACUAUGCCAAGAACUUCACAAAUUCGAAGUCAAAGAUCCUAACGAAACGUCUGAUUUGAGAUUCAAGUAUUUCGUGGAUAAGAUAAUGCCAACUUUGAUUCCUCGAACACUCAUCGUGAUUCCAUCGUAUUUCGAUUUUGUUCGUGUUCGGAAUCACUUCAAAAAGGCCGAAGAAAGUUUUGUGAUGUGUCAUGAAUAUGCGAAUCGAGCAAAAGUUGACAGAGCUAGAGAAAUGUUUUUCCACGAGAGAAAAAGUUAUUUAGUGGUCACUGAACGUUGGUAUUUUUUCAACAGAAGACACUUGACGGGUGUACAUCGUGUGGUCUUCUAUCAGUUACCCUCUCAUCCGCUCUUUUAUUCCGAAUUCAUCAACAUGUCAGAUGCGGACACUUCUCAACGUUUUCUCGCCAUUCUUCUCCUGUGCAAAUACGACAGAAUCCGGCUAGAAAACACUUUCGGGACUGAAAUGGCAGCGGCUGUUAUGAGUAACAAACAGACAGUGCAAGCCAUUGUCAGCCAAUAG